GAUAAGUGGUCACACUGCAGACAACCCAAAAAAUCGUCGACAAUAACGCGAGCGGGGGCAGGGAGGAAAAACGAUCGCCGUCCUUAGCCAACCGAGGAUUCUGAAUUUCUGCGCAGCCAUAACUUAGCAAAACAAACCUAGCAUCAGCUAAAUAUAUCCUUAAGUAGUGAAGUGCCGAAAUAAGAGAAAAAAGCAGCCCACCACACCUGGGGACAGCAAAAUGUUUUAAAGCCACUUCCAGGAACGCAGCGUAUAAACGGUUUCUGAGAACUGUCCACCAAUACAGAGCCACAAGUGCCACGGCCAGCAAGGUGUUCUUGUGAGUGUGUGCGCGAGAGCGGCCUAUCGGUGUGCGCGUGUGUGAGCCGAAAGAGAGUUCGAGGAGGAGGAAAGGGAGAAACCAAACUAGAGUGACCCCACUAAACAACAGCAGCUGGAGAGGAUUAGAGUGAAACUUGACAGCGGUGGUGGAUUAGGAAUAAGGAAAAUGUGGCCCAAGGCGCAGGUCGUCCUGCUGCUCUUUAUGCUGCUCGCCGGUUGCGAGGCGGGCGUGGAGCCGGGUUGGCUGAUUCCCGACAAAGUGGAGCAAGUCAUCGGUGGCGACUUUAAGAUCAGUUGUACUUUGAACGAGGCCUACUUCCGCGAGGUGAACGCUACCGAGCGCUGCACAGUGGAGGAGCUGUACUUUCUGGCCGGCAAACGGGAGUUCCGCAAUCUGCCCGACAUUCGGCGGCUCAACAAAACGACGAUCCUCUUCAGCGCCCAGAACGCCUCCGAGCAGGAGCAGGAGUACCUGUGCAUGUGCCGCGACUAUGUGAUCAACACCUCGAAGGUUUACGUGGGCACCAGUCCGCUGUUGGUGCGCGAUUUCAAUUGCCUGGAUUACGACUUCCAGUUCAUGGUGUGCAACUUCACCCAGCCGCCCAACAAGGUCAUUACCAAGUACAACAUCAGCUACAACACCAACAACGAUUGGCGGUACAGCAAUUCGCUGGACUGCAACUUCGAUGCGGCACCUGUGGUCACAUGCAACCUGACGGAUGAUAAUUACAAGCGCUUCAGCGAGACCUUCUACUUCAAGCUGUUCAUUGUGAAUGCUCUGGGUCACGAGACGCAACCGAUUACGAUGAACCACUUUGAGCGUUUGGUGCCAGCGAGGCCUGGCCAAAACCUGACCCUGGUCAACAGGACGGAGAGCUCGGUGUGCCUGUCGUGGGAGAUGCCUCGCCGGUCCAACUACAACCGUGGCUUAACUUGGCAGGUGCGCGUAGCGCCGGAGAACUUUGCCACUCUCAAUCGGACCAGUUGGCGCAACAAUAGCUCCACGAUCAAGGACACACUCUGCCUCACGGAGCUGCCCUUUCCCUUUUACAAUUACACGCUGCGUGUGCGCGUGCGCGCCAACCAGAAUAACACAAUGUGGAGUGAUCCCCUGAUCUACGGCUUCGAAACCGCUCCCGCGCGGCCACGGCGUCCUCCGCGAGUCACCUACGGCAGCUUCUAUGUUUACUCAUCGGAGGAGGGCAUGCGAUUCUUCUGGGAGCCACUGGAACGGCAGGAGCACAACGGGCCGGACUUCAAGUACAUCAUCAGCGAGUAUCGCAUCAAUGGAACCCUCAUGGACCCUGGCCUCAUCAAAGUGGAGAACAACUCGGCGAUGAUCGAGCACUGGGACAUGAAUGCGGUGCACCACUUCCUCAUCCGGAGCAGCAACAGCGAGGGAUUGUCGGUGAACGCCACCCCGAUGACGAUCGGUCCGAUUAGCAACCGCGACUUCCGUCAGCGGGUCCCGAAGAACAUCCGCAGCGAGUACCAUUCGAUCAACAACAGCUACACGCUCAGCUGGGAGCCGCCGGAGGACCGGCUGGAGCUGCGCAACUACACGGUCUUCUGGUGCGAGCCCAAGCCGGGCCUCCAGUCCGAGUGCAAGGGACCGAUCCGCUUUGCCGAGGUCUCCAGCGACCAUCAGCACUUCACCACGGCUCGGGGACAGAGCACGCUGCACAUGGCCGUGUCGGCCAACUAUCGCACGCACAACACCGGACUGCGGUGGCACAUCUGCAGCAGCGACAAGAUGGACGACCUGGCCAAGAUGGAGCCCUCGAUCGAUGUGGCCACCAGCAACUCGCUGAGGGUCAGCUGGGUGACGGAGCGCGUGUGCCCGGUGAUCCUGGAGGGCUACAAGCUCACCUACUGCCAGCGAUCCAGCGGACGUCCCGAUAACUGCACCACUGUCGCGAUUGGAGAUCGCUAUGCCACCAAGUACGACAUCAGGGACCUGAUGCCCUACACGGAGUACAGCGUGAAGAUGCUCAUGUACUCGGAGUCGCGGGCCAGCAAGUACAGCGACGAGCUGGUCAAUCGCACCAGCGAGGCGGCGCCCAGUCAGCCGCGCGAUCUGCAGCUCAUCCGGGUGACCAGCGCCAGUGCCCAGCUGAGCUGGAAGACGCCGCUCAUGGCCAACGGGAUGGUGCGCGCCUACGAGGGCACCUUCAAGUCCCUGCACGACAACGUCACCGAACACUUCCGGGUGAUGGCCUCCACCAUGGAGCUGGUGGACAACGAGAAGCCCAUCUACUACCGCCUGGGCAACCUGACCGCCUUCACCGACUACGAGGUGAGCGUGCGGGCGAGGACGCUCUUCUCCUCGGAGCCCAGUAACGUCAUCAACUUCACCACGGCUAUCGGAGUUCCGUCGCCGCCAACGCUGCAGGUGACGAACAACAAGGACCAGAGCUCGCGGCUCGAAUGGCAGCCACCGAGGAUGCCGGCGGGCAGCAUUGACUACUACGAGAUCUCGCUGCGCGACAACAACGCCACCUGCCUGAUGAACAUCGUGCUGCCGGGUCGCAAUCGCAGCUUCACGAUGCCCACGCCGCGCUGCACCAGCCACAAUCCCUUCCAGCUGGCGGUGCGCGCCAUCAAUGUGGAUCAGCAUCCGCAGUUCGAGGGCCUGGAUGCGGCGGAGAGUGCACUGCUAUCGCUGAUGUCGUCGCGGGCCGGCCAGGGAUGCGAGCCCCAGACGGACGCCCUGGGCGAGCAGGAGCGACGGCAGUUCGAGACGUAUGCGGGGAACAGCACUGCCUAUCGGCUGUACAGGUCCGAGUGGGAUGCGUACGGGUUCAUCUGCACCCCGGACACGAACAGUGUGAAGGCCAUGUACCGAACGGUCGAGGUGUCGGUGGCCAUCGUUGUGCUGGGCGUGAUUUGCUACCUGGUGUACAAGAAGUACCGCAAGAUGUCCGACAUCGACUUGGUGCUGCCGCAGGGCAUCAUGGAGACCCUCAAGAAGCCGAUGGACAUGGGUGGCCUGGGCCUCGGCAUCGGACCCGAUUCCUCCGUCAGCGGUGGCAUCGUUUGCACGCGCGUCGACGAUUCGCCGCAGUACACGCCGCAGGAUCUGCCGCACGACUUUGGCAGCUGCGGCAGCGAGAGCUCCAAGCUGCUGCGCACACAAUUCUCCACCGGCGGCAUUGGCUGUGUGGACGACGACCACCAGGAGACGGCGCCCAUUAGCGCAGUGGCGCCCCCCACCAGCUACUUGUCCAUGCGGCACGGGCUGCUCGUGCAGAACGAUCGCGAGCGGGAAAGGGAACGUGAGUUGGCGAUGGAACGUGAGCAACAACAUCAGCAGCAGCAGCAGCAACAGCAGCAGCGGGAAAGCGAUAUGGAGCGGGAGCAGCGGAACACCAACGGUUACAUCAAGCCCACGCAGAUGAAGAGCUGGGCGGCGGGAGGCAAUGCCAAUGGCAACGGCAAUGCAGUUCAAGCGCCGCCGAUGUCCAUGCCGCUCAGUGGCUAUGUGCCAGUGCCCAUUCCCCAGGCGCGGUUCAAUCCUCCUCCGGCUCCGGUCCAGACAAUGGCACCCGCUGCUUCGGCCGCCUCCGCCUUCUUUCCGCCGGCCCAUCUGCUCAACAUGGACAACUACGUGCAGGCCUCGGAUCUGCACAAGCUGAAGCCGCUCGUCUCACCGCCAAUGACGUCCUCGCCAACAGUUGCCAGCCAACAGCAGCAGCAGCAGCAGCAACAGCCAUCGACCCAGCCAGUUGGUCAGCCCACUGCGCCCGCGCCAAAAAUGGCCGACAUCGGGUACACCACCAUGGAGCAGCUGCAGCUGACCGGGCUAAUAAAGCCGCCAUUGCCGGCCGCUGUGGGAUCGCCAGCUCAUCACAAUGCAGGAGGAGGAGGAGUUGGAGUUGGAGCGGCGCCCUCUCGCCUCCAGCCGCAAAUCAAUGGCUAUGUCACGCCCCAGGAUCUAAAUGCACUGGCCCACAAUCGACAAGUGCUCUAGAGGAGAAGGAGGAGCAAGAGCAAGAGCAAGAGCAGGAGGAGAAGGAGGAGGAGUCAGUCCGCCACAUUGCAUGCAACCUCACUCUCAACGUGACAUCCUAUCAACCAACCAUCAUUCAAUUUGUGUCCAAACGAACCCCAUUCGCAUCCCGUUCCAAUGCCAUGUCAUCCACCAUGGGUCCACCAAUUCUCCGGCAGCUGUUUAUAGUAAUUAGUUGAGACUCCCCGUUUUUAUUUAUUUUAUACUUCUUUGCGAUGCGUGUGAGGCAAAAAGUAUUUUGAAUAACGCUGUAGUAUUUUUUUUAUAUAUACAUAUUUAUAUUCGUACGUGUACAACUUAACCAUCCGCGCGCGUCGACAGAUCGAGCUUUUAAAUUUAACAUAUUAAAUAUAUAAUAAUAUAUAACGCACACCGCUGUAUGUCAAGAUAAAAUUA